GAAGUCGUUCCCCAAGUGCAACACAUAUGUGUGAGUAGGUACUACCAACCACUACAUACUAGGUAGUGUGUAGUACUACUAGCUAAGUACUACACGGAUGUAGAUGGGUAGAUACGCCGCUGGCUGUCCAUGUCUCAAUGUUCCAAGCCUUCAAUUCUUCAUUUUCCUAUAACUAGCAUGCAUCACUACUGGGUAGUCUCAAGCUAGCACAUACGAUGUUUUUCUAAAAAGCUGCGCCGCUUAUCUUCUCUCCUUCAAUAUUGCCAUUUUACAUACCACUCCCCCUUUUCAUAAUGCGAUAAUGAAAUGUGCCUAUUCGUCUCGAAUUUUCCCUGUCAUUUGUAGGAUAUAACAAGCCGCCCGAUAUCUUCCACAUACCGUCGUGUAAAGAGCCAUAUCAGACCAAACACACUAAUAUAUCCAGCUGGCUGGGCUUGAUGAUCGACACACAGAACGAAACGCGACUAGCCAAAUAUAUACAUAAUUGUGAAAGAGAGUCUAUUCUCUCACACCGAUAAGAGCUUGGCUACUAGGCAUAGCCUUCGAUCUUUACAAGCAACCUGGAAGUCGUCAAUAAGCAGCCACCCGAAGCGCCAUCGUAGAUCGGGGCCGAAAAAACGGGUACCGGCUGUGGGAUGUCUCGCACCAACAACCGUAGAACUGAUGACACGCCGGCCGACAGCCCGACCACUACCGACUCGGACACUCAGCUGGCACGCGAGCAGUUCGCCCUUGGUUCCAUGGACACAGGAUCGUCAGGCAAACUGAAGGGUGACCGCCCGGUCUUGUCUCCCAACUUGACCGACGGGGACAGGGACGAUCUGGCAACUUUAACUAAUACUAAUACUGCUACCCAGCUCCGAGAUGUGGAGAACUCCUCGGUCGAGAAUGGCGACGGCGUGAGCGUCGUGUAUAAAGUGUAUAAGAGGCGAUGGUUUGGUCUUGUGCAAUUAACCCUGUUAAAUAUUAUCGUCAGUUGGGAUUGGCUCACCUUUUCGCCUGUCUCGCAAUUUGCUGCGACUUACUAUGACACAACCGAAUCUGCCAUCAACUGGUUCUCGACAGGCUUUCUGUUCGCUUUCGUCCUCAUAUUUCCCGUCACUAUUUAUGCCCUGCACUGGGGCCCCAAACCGUCCAUCAUCGUCAGCGCCGUAUUAGUUCUAGUAGGCAACUGGAUUCGCUUCGCCGGAUCUAAUUCGCGCGAUGGUGGGAUAUACGGCGUGACGAUGUUCGGCCAGCUCUUGAUCGGCCUGGCUCAGCCCUUCGUCCUAAGCGCGCCUACUCGGUACUCAGACUUGUGGUUUACUAAUAGGGGCCGCGUCGCUGCCACCGCUCUGGCUAGCCUGGCAAAUCCGUUUGGUGCGGCCGUCGGCCAGCUCGUCGUGCCGUUCAUGGUCACGGGCCCCCCUGAUGUAUCUAAUGCUGUGCUCUACGUCGCCAUAAUUUCAUCCGUGGCUGCGUUUCCAUCUUUCUUCAUCCCUGCGUCGCCUCCUACUCCCCCGGGCCCAUCUAGCGCCACACCUAAGGCAACACUCCGAUCCUCUCUACACCAUCUGAAUUCGCUCGAGCUGUGGCUCAUCAUGAUCCCAUACUCCAUCUACGUUGGCUUCUUCAACAGCAUCUCGACGAUUCUUAACCAGGUUAUGAUGCCGUACGGCUUCUCGUCCGACGAAGCCGGUAUCGCAGGCGCUCUGCUCAUCGUCAUCGGCCUCGUCAGCUCUGCCAUCACGAGCCCCAUAAUUGACCGUACCAAAGCCUACUUACUUACUAUUAAGCUUGCCGUGCCCAUCAUCGCUUUGUCCUACCUUGCUUUCAUCUGGAUGCCUGGCACCCGCAACCUCGCGGGCCCAUACGUCAUCCUCAGCAUCCUCGGCGCUUCCAGCUUCUCCCUCGUCCCCGUCGCCCUCGAGUUCCUCUGCGAGAUUAGCCACCCCCUGAGCCCCGAGGUCACGUCCACGAUUGCCUGGGCUGGCGGCCAGCUAUUCGGUGGCAUAUUUAUCAUCAUCGGCGACGCGCUCAAGGCCGGCCCUCAGGCGGAUCCCCCGUUCCACAUGACGUAUACGCUCAUAUUUACCGCUGUCGUCGCCCUAGUGGUUGCGCCAUUACCCCUUUCUCUAGGACUGUUCGGGCGUAAGGAUAAGCUUGUUAUGAAGAGGGUGCAGAGCGAUGAUAGGGCUGGUGGCGGGGGUGCUCUUGCUGCGUAAGAGGAUAUAUCCGCAGAACUAUAUUUAUGUGCGUGGGAGCGAAGCGAUCAUGAUGCUAAUUUCAUCUGCUAUCUAAUGUAUAUGUCUUGGUUAGUUUAGUAUAAGUACUUACUAUAUAUAUACCCUACAGUACUGCUUGCUA